CCCACCUGCACCAUCACCUGCACCACCUAUGGCUAUGGCUACGCUCUUCUUCUUCUUCUUCUACUGCUACUAUAACUUCUACCUUCUUUAAUUAAUGUUUCUUCUCAUCAUUCAAUUCUCCAUUUCCCCCCUAGAUUCCUCCCCUCCCCUGCUCUGCUCGAAUCCCUAUUCCCCUGGUUUUCUCCGCUAGCUGCUUUUUGCUUUUAGUCUAAUUGCCGGCCAUGGCGCAGGACCGAGCGCCGUCUUUGUAAAUUUUCCACGUUCGUUUGUAGUUUUUCGUUUUCCGGUGAGUGUAAUUUGUGUUGGCGGGGAUGACAGGGGGAACUCGGACGCCGACUUGGAAAGAAAGGGAGAACAACAAGCGUCGUGAGCGGCGGCGGAGGGCGAUCGCCGCGAAGAUAUUCGCCGGACUCCGCCUCUACGGGAAUUACAAGCUUCCUAAGCAUUGCGAUAACAAUGAGGUCCUCAAGGCGCUCUGCAAUGAGGCUGGGUGGACUGUUGAACCUGACGGUACCACCUACCGUAAGGGAUGCAGACCAGUGGAAUCCAUGGACAUCAUGGGCGGCGGCUCUGCAUCGGCUAGUCCCUGCUCUUCUUACCAACCGAGUCCGUUCACUUCUUACAACCCGAGCCCAGGGUCAUCUUCCUUUCCGAGCCCGGUUUCAUCUGCAUACAAUGCCGAUGGAAAUUCCCUCAUCCCCUGGCUCAGGAACCUCUCUGCAUCGUCGUCUUCAUCAGCAUCAGCAUCAGCAUCGAAGUUCAUCCAUCACUACAUGCACAGCGGCUCCAUCAGUGCACCCGUUACCCCUCCAAUAAGCUCUCCUACUGCCCGAUCCCCGCGAAUCAAGACCAACUGGGAUAACAACACUUUUUCUAUAGGAGGGCCUAAUCAGCACCCCUUCCUUCCCUUAUCCACCCCACCGAGCCCCGGCCGACAGAUCCUCCCUGAUUCGAAAUGGUUGAUUCCUCAAAGCCGUCCAUCUUCCCCAACAUUCAGCCUCAUCUCUUCCAACCCUUUUGGCUUCAAGGUGGAUGACUUAUCCCGAGGUGGCUCUCUUGCGUGCACUCCCGGGCCUAGCGGGACGUGCUCCCCUGCUAUUGCUGCUGCCUUGGAUCAAACUGCAGAUAUUCCCAUGGCUGAAAUGAUCACGAACGAAUUUGCUUUUGGAAGCAGCGCAGAUGGUCUUGUCAAGCCUUGGGAAGGGGAGAGGAUCCACGAAGAAUGUGGUUCCGAUGAUCUUGAGCUCACUCUUGGAUGCUCGAAAACCAGAUAACACAUUUGAUCCAAGGGAGACAGCCAUGGUCACAUCGAAAAGAUUUAAGCCAGGUAAGUUUUAACGUUUCCAUCAACAUCUGGUUUUUAGCUGCCGGUAGUUUGUUAUUUGUUAUUGGAGAAAACAAAACUAUGCAACAUCGAUUGAGUUUAAACUUUGCUAUGCUACCUUUUCUUCAGUUAA